UCACAGGUACACACCUGAGCUUACAAACACAGUCGGACGAAUGUGCUUGAAGGGCAGCCGUCGAAAAUAAAUCCAUAAUUUAAGACAGUCUUCGGGACAGGACACGAUGAUAAGCGAAUGAUCAGCAUCCGUAUUUUUGUUCGGUUUAACUUGUUACACUUGUUUAAUAGUCUUUGGUCGUAGGCUAGUGUCUUCUGAACAGCACAGCAACACAUCUGACAUCAGGAUUCCUGGAAAUCCCUCAGAAAUGAGUUCGUGCUGUUUUGUUUUCAACUUGCUUCUGCUCGCUGCUGUUUUGGGAGGAGGGACCCAAGCCGACACAUCUGAACAAUGUGUGAAAAGCUUCAUUACUGGUCGGAAAAAUUUUGUUCUGGACCCGAAAGAGUCGAUAAAGGACGGAGCAACUUUCCUGGCGAACCCGAGCGUCGCUACGAGGGCUGAGUGUACCGCUGCGUGCUGUAGAGAGUCCGCGUGCAACUUGGCCCUCACAGAGCACGGAGAAGAGGAGGGAUCCGUCAAAAACUGCUUUCUCUUCAACUGCGUAUAUAAGCAAAGAUAUGCCUGUAGAUUCAUACAAAAACAGGGCUACUCGAGUCAUAUCAAGGAUUCAGUUUUUGAGGAUUACCUGGGCGGAGACAUACGUGCUAGGAAGGACAAUCCUCCCGUUGCCAAUGCUGGGCCAAGCGUAGUGGUCCAGCCCGACAAGGAGGUCUUCUUGAAUGGCAUUGAGAGUUGGGAUGAUAAGAAGAUCUUAAGAUACCAGUGGUCCCUCGUCCGGGGAGAUGAAUCUGUUAAGUUUGAGAAAACCAAUCUACCAGACCAGAUAAGGGUGUCAAAUCUGAUACCUGGGCUUUAUGAGUUCAAACUGACCGUAACUGAUUCAGCAGAGCAUUCUGAUUCUGAUGAAGUCACUGUCUUGGUCCUCACACCUGAACAGUCGGAGCGUCACUGUUUGGUGCCAAAAAAGGUUGGCCCCUGCCGAGGAUCAUUUCCUCGUUGGCAUUACAAUGCUGCAUCCAGCAAGUGUGAAGCGUUCAUAUUUGGAGGCUGUAAGGAGAAUAACAACAACUAUCUCUCUGAGGAGGAGUGUACCAAUGCUUGUAAAAACACAAUAGUAAAACCAGGUGGAGAAGCGAGAAAAGGGGAGACUGAAGACUGCAAUCAUCCAUGUGGAGAAGACAAGUUCAAAUGCUCCAACAACUGCUGUGUGAAGAAGGAGUCCGAGUGUGAUGGGCAGAGGCAGUGCAGUGACGGUACUGAUGAGGAGAGCUGUGAGCGAUUGAAUAGCAGCCUGUCUCAACUUCUUCAAAUUCAUGUCAACCAAAAUGCCUUCUGUGCUGAACCGCCCGUUACAGGCCAUUGUCGAGCCAGUUUUACUCGUUGGUACUACGACCCUCUUAUCAAAAAGUGCCAAAACUUCACCUAUGGUGGCUGUGACGGCAAUGAGAAUAACUUUGAGAACACAGACGCCUGCAUGAACAACUGCUCUGGUGUCACAGAAAAUGAUGUGUUCGCCAGAGGAUUAUUUUUUAGGGAUGAUGGAGACCUAGGGGAAAGCCAGUCAGCCUCUGUUGCCUUGGCUGUGGUUGUGGCUGUGGCCAUCAUGGCCGUUCUGGCUGUGUUGGGUUACUGUUACCUAAAGAGCAGAAGAAAAAACCAACACCAUCAGCGUGUGGCCACCACCAGUCCUCCAGUUGUCUAUAAUGAGGAUGAUGAUCAUCUAGUCUAUAACAGCACCACUGCCAAAGCAUGAAUCCACAAUAAUGUUAAAAAUCACUGGUCUGCCACUCCUAAUGAUUUAGGCUGACUGCAGUGCAUGAUGUGUCAUUGGAACUCGUAUUUACAGAAAUUAUUUACAAAUAACUUCUGACCUCACAUGAAGCCAAAUUACACAUGUUUGGUCAUCGGACCAGUCUUUAGUCUCAGGUUUAAUCGGGGUUAAGGGCAUUUAUAGCAUUUGUAUACUGUUUAAGUGUUAGACUGAUCAGGGCCCAACCCUAUUUAACCCAGGCAUAGCCAUUUGAGCAUGCUGGACUUUAAUGCACCUAAAGGAAAACGUCUGUGUGCUUGUGUUUGAGAAAUGGUAGAGAAAGUUUGUAAAGCAGAAAUUUGAUGUCUAUCACUCCAAACAAGGGUCGUUUACUUAAUGAGAAUUUGACAUUGUGCUUUCUUGAAGCACUCUGUGAGUCUUGUCCCUAGUUUUCCUACUUUUGCUAAUGGUUUAGUUCAAACCAAAAAGAGCUUUUAUUUACUUUUUAUAACUCAUAAGCCAUAUUUUAUCAUUCUAAAUGCUUUCAAGGGAAGUGGGUUUUUUUAAAACAUUACUCUUAUUAAUAUGUGUUACAUUUUCAAUUAAAUAUAGUUGUAUAGUUUGACUUAUUUCAAUGUUUAUAUGUAGAAUAUAUGUGGAAAUGUUUCUAUUAUUUGUACCUUGAAACCACGAGUACUUUAACGUGGAGUUCUUGUUGCACUGAACUUAAAAUGUCUGCCAUAUUUUCUCUAUGUAUGUGUGUAUUAAAAAGACCUUAA